UUGAUCUUCAUCUCUUUCUCGUCACUUCCGACACAUCCCAUCAUCUUCAUUUGCUUUUUCUUUCGUCAGCUUCACUGCUCUUCGUUUCUUCUUCUUGUGUUGAGCUUCAUCCUCUAAAAAGACUGCAGCCAUCCCACAAAAUGAACUUUUGAAAGUUCAGGACAUCAUGGAGGACAUCAGCAAAACAUCUGAGGACCGAGACGCGGAGUCUGCUCUUCCCGAGACCCUCGCCGAGAGCCGGUCCACUGGCACCCAAUCGGAGACAUUGUCCAGUCAGGACAGCACCUCAGAUUCGGGUGAGGUGGCGGCAGUGGGGCCGGUGUUGACGUCGGACGGGGAUGAGGCGGCCACCAAGGCCGUGGCGUCCUCACCCGACGGACGCUUCCUCAAAUUUGACGUGGUUAUUGGACAAGGAUCCUUCAAGAACGUCUACAAGGGCCUUGACACAGAGACCACCGUCGAGGUGGCCUGGUGCGAGCUUCAGACUCAGCGGCUGACACGUAGUGAGCGCCAACGUUUCGAGGAGGAGGUGGAGAUGCUGAAGACACUCCAGCACCCCAACAUCGUUCGUUUCUUCGACUCGUGGAAAUCGGUGCUGAAUGGUCGCAAGUGCACCGUGCUGGUGACCGAGCUCAUGACCUCUGGGACCCUCAAGACGUACAUCCGCCGAUUCCGUCCGAUGAAGCUGAAACUACUUCAACGUUGGAGCUUCCAGAUCCUGAAAGGUCUUCACUUCCUGCACUCACGCAAUCCACCCAUCCUCCAUCGCGACCUCAAGUGUGACAACGUCUUCAUCACGGGGCCAUCAGCCUCCGUCAAGAUCGGGGACCUCGGCCUCGCCACCCUCAAGAAGGCCUCUUUCGCCAAGAGCGUCAUCGGAACCCCGGAGUUCAUGGCUCCUGAGAUGUAUGAAGAGAAGUACGACGAGGCGGUGGACGUAUACGCCUUCGGGAUGUGCAUCCUGGAGAUGGCCACGUCUGAGUACCCGUACUCCGAGUGCCAAAACGCAGCUCAGAUUUACCGCAAGGUUACCAACGGAAUCAAACCUGACAGUUUCUCCAAGGUCACAGUUCCUGAGCUGAAGGACAUCAUCGAGGGAUGCAUCCACACCAACAGCAGCGAGAGGUUCACAGUUCAGGACCUUCUGGACCAGCGCUUUUUCCAGGCUGAACUGGGCUUUCACGUGGAUUUGGCCGAGGAGGAUGACGGCACCAAGUCGGCGCUCAUGCUGUGGCUGAGGAUGGACGGGACCAAGAAGCUUCACGGCAAGUACAAGGACAACAACGCCAUCGAGUUCCUCUUUGAGAUCAACAACGACGUCCCUGAGGUGGUGGCACAGGAGAUGGUGGUGCUGGGCUUCGUGUCCGAGGUCGACUAUAAGCUGGUGGCGAUGGCCAUCCGAGACGGCGUGACAGCCAUCAAGCGGCAGCGCGCUAAACGCCGCCAAUUGGCCAAAGAAGCCGCCGCCCAGGAGAGUGAACGCCCCCUGCCCACGCCGCUCCAGGCGGCCAAUCAGCAAAGAGAAAACUCUGAAGUUCCUGCCACAACCAGGCAACAAGCCCCACCUAAUGCCGGGACAUCAUCUGCCAGCAGCCACGUGCAUUCUGCGAGCAACAAGAUGGCUGCCGCAGGGAACCGCGUAACGGACAGCGCUCCGCAAGCUCCACCCCCUCCUGUUGCUUCUCAUUCUCAGCAAAGUGCUUAUACCCCGCCCCCUAGGACCCGGAUGUCAAAGCCUCCGCCCUUUCCUGUUCUGCGUUACCCCAGGAGCAUCGCUGUGUCACAACAUGAGCCCACGAAAUCGCAACACGGGUUCUCCUCACCUGCCGACAGCUGUGCGUCUGACGUAACAUCGGGUUUGAGUGAUGGCAACGACGGCCAAUCAGACAAGAGCUACGAGGAAGGGACCGAGCGACACCCCGACAGGAAGUUGAGGAGGAAGAUGAGGGCUCAGCUCAGGCUCACGGGGGUGUCCAACAUGGCCGACCGCGUGGUGGAGUGUCAGCUGAGGACUCACGACAGCAAAAUGGUGACCUUCAAGUUUGACCUUGAUGGUGACAACCCAGAAGACAUUGCAGCCGUGAUGUUGCACAGAGAUUUCAUCCUGGCGAGUGAGCGAACAGGAUUCAUCCUGCGCAUGUAUGACAUCAUCAGCAGGGCGGAGUCUAUUGUGAUGCAACAAAAGCAGACAAAGAUGGCAGCAGAGCGCUCAUCUAGGACAUCGUCCAGCGCCUCGCGCAACAACUUGGCUGAGCUGUCAGCCUUCGAGAAUGUGGCGCCUGAGGCCCCGCCCCUCACCACACUGUCCCACAAUUCUUCAGCCCCCUUGUCCCCCCACACGGAUGCCCCGUCCUCUCCUCAGUAUCCCCCCUUACCUCAGGCAUACCCUACCUACAACACCCUCACUGGCGCCCCCCCUCAGUGGCCGCCCCCUGACCAGCCCCUCUUCUCUCUGGCCCACAUGAUGUCAUUGGCCAUGAGCAUGGCCCGGUCCCUCCUGCCCCCCUCUCAGAGCUACCAGCCCCCAGCCCCACCGUCCUUCAUGCCGAUCCUUGGCGCCUUCUCGCCUCCUACGUCGCCGUCUUUAAGCCAGGCCGCCUUCCGAGGACCUCCGCCUGCCGGGACGGCCGCCGCUCAUCCGGGGCAGCCGGUGGCGUCGGUCAGCUGGAGCCCCACAGAGCUCAGGUACCCCUUAACCCCGCCCCCUCACGGUUCAGCCCCAGCCCCGCCCCCUUCCAAACAGGCCCUGCCUCCUCAUCACACGCAAGCACCUUCCGCUGUCAUGCCGUCACGCAGACCGCCAGCCACAUGUGACGCAUUGACUCCACCCACUCGAAACGUGGGUCGUUUCCAAGUGACGAACUCGGAACCCCAGACAGUAAAAGCACGCUCGCCGCCCCCUUCUCAGAUAAGCCCGUCAGAGAGCUCCGAGAGCGUCUCCGAAGAUGACAGCCAAUCAGAAAGCAAUUGCUAUGAUGAUGUGGGAGGUGGGUCGGAGGAGAGAAGGAGGGUUAGGGGCGUGCGCAAGACGACCGGCGGAUCGUGGGAGGGACCGUCCUCCGGGCAAUCGCGGCGCCGCUCUUACAACACAUCUGACGAAUCCGACAAUGACGACGACACGUGGGAGGAGCUUAAGGAGAUUCGGGAAAGACACCUGCUUGAGGUACGUCGUCUGCAGGCCAAUCAGAGGCGAGAGAUGGAUGAGCUGUGUCAAAUGAUUGGAAAAGCCCCGCCUCCCGGCGCCGUGGCGCCGGCCGCCAUGUUGAACCAACGACGCCUGCAUAGGCCUGAUGUGCUGCCCCCCACAGGUAUCAUGAGAAAGCGUUCUCUGGAAAGGCCUCCCAGAGUGUCAUUUGUGCCCGGACACACAUACGUGCCUGACAGCAACCUGAGUGUUGAAGAAGAAACGUGACGAUAAUCAUCACUGCUUCUUCUAUGAGCACUCGCGGCUGUUCAAAAUUAGCUAAGCACGCUAACAAGGCUAGCCCCGCUAUUGAUGCUAACCCAUUGUAUGAAGCUAGCUGCAGGACACUAGCAACCACUCUCAACAGUGUUUUGAAUCACGCUUUUUGUCAUUUAAUCUUCAGCUAAUAAAGUUGAUUCAACUCA